AGAGAGAGUACCUUUAGGGGGAGGUCAGCACAGCACGCUUUGCUUCUUGAGUUGAACAACCUAACGUUUUUUUUAGAGGGCUCUGGUUGCGUGCGUUUUGCUCUAAUUUUGUUUCCUGUUUUGGGGUUCUUUGGGUGAAGGGAAUCUCUCUGCUCAUCUCAUCUUUUUUCUCUCUCUCUCUCUCUCUCUUAUUUGUAAGGAUCACUCUCAGACAACUGUUCAAAACCCACAAGUCACAAAAGUAGAGAGAGAAAAAGGAAAAAAAAUGGAGAGAGGAGAGAACCUACUUAAGCGUAGAGCAAAUUUAAAAGAGAAAAAGCUAGACAUCAAUCCCACCCUUUCAUAGCUCUCUAUACCCUUUGUGCUUUUGGGUUGGUUGGUAUUCUAUUUGUUUUCUUUCUUCCUUCCUCUUGUGGGCUUUUAUGUACGUUUGAGCUCUAGCUAGCUCUUCUUGUAUGUUGUUUGUUAUAUUGUGUUUCAGUCUUGGAGUUUUCUUAAGGAUUUUCACUGGUUGUGGCGUUUGAAAGUUGGUCCUUGUUUCUUCAUCAAGAUCCCUUCUGUCUGUUUUCUUUUUGACUCAAACCCAUCUCUUUCUGAUAUCAAGGUGUGUGUGAUAGAGAGAACAACUUGUUUUUGCGCACAUGAAGAUGUUGGCCUUCAUAGUUUUGAGCUUUGGCUAAACACUUGUAUAAAAGUGAGGCUCUCCAAUUUGCCCAGCCACUGAUUUCUGGUGUGUGUAAAGUAGAAGGGAGAGAAAAAGAUUUGAUUUUUUACAUUUGGGUUAUUUUCAAAACUGUCUUCUUGUUUAUGGUCACUGAGAUGGAGGGAUGUACACGAAAUGAGGAGGCAUGUCCACAACUGCUAGAUUUGAUCCCAAGAGAAAGAGAUUGGAUUGUGAAAAGAGAUGAGAGAAGCCAUGGCUCUUCAGAGGAGAAAAAGUUGGAGCUCAGGCUUGGGCCUCCAGGUGAAGACUGGUCUUUGAAUGGGAACUCCAGAAGCAACAAAGAAAGAGAUGAGUCUCUUCUCUCUCUGGGGUACUUUUCCCCUAUGUCUUCCAACACCAACACCAACAACAACAACAACAACGUAAACCACCACCAAACCCAGAAAUUUAUUUCUUCCUCAGACAACUCUGUUUUGUCCUCAUCUCCAUGGUCUUACCAGCUGGGAAAUAUUCAUCAACAGCAGACAAAAGUUCCAUCUUUUCUUCACUUCACAUCAAGUUCUCUGGGCCUGCCUGUUACCCCCAACAAAGCAUCACAGCCCUGUUGCACUAAAGUGGUAGACUUGCAGAAUGCAGAAAAGAAAGUAUUUUCACCAGCUUCUGCAAAUACAGCUGUGCCCAACAGCUCUCAGAAAAGAACUGCUCCUGCUCCAGUUGUGGGUUGGCCUCCAAUUCGUUCAUUUAGGAAGAACCUUGCAAGCAACAGUUCUUCAAAGCCAACAUCUGAGUCCCAAAAUGUAGUCCCAAACAAGGUUCCUAAUGGUAAACAAGUUGAAACCAGCAGAAAAGGUCUAUUUGUGAAAAUUAACAUGGAUGGAGUUCCCAUUGGAAGAAAAGUAGACCUCAGUGCCUCUGACAGCUAUGAAAACCUCUCCUCUGCUGUUGAUGAACUCUUCCGUGGCCUUCUGGCAGCUCAAAGAGAUUCCUGUGCUGGUGGAACCCAGAACAAGCAAGAGGAAGAGAAAGGAAUUACAGGUUUAUUGGAUGGAAGUGGGGAAUAUACUCUAGUAUAUGAAGAUAAUGAAGGAGACAGGAUGCUUGUUGGGGAUGUCCCAUGGAACAUGUUUGUGUCUACUGUGAAGAGGCUGCGUGUGCUGAAGAGCUCUGAACUUUCUGCACUUUGUCUUCGUAACAGCAAACAAGGUAAGAUGCCACCAAACUCUGCAUUGAAGUGAAGAAAGAGGAAUUUUAAUCUCAAGAAUCCCCCACUGAAGUUUGUAUUUUGUAGUAGACUUGAUCUGUGUGACUUAAUCAGAAGUUUUGCUUUUGUAAUUUCUCUUUC